AUGUCGUUUUCCGAUCGCCUUUUUGACCCAUCGGAAGCAGGAUCCAAGACUGAUAGCCAAGGGGGGUAUAAUGACACAGAGUGGCCAGUAUCAUACCAUACCUCAAGAGACCUCGCUAUCCAACUCGGUGCCCAUUCCAAUCUCACAAAUAGUCAUGGCACGACCGCCAAUUUUGUGGGCGUGGACUCUUCCGGUUCAAUAUCACUCGGGAUGGAUAUCUACUAUCCAAGUAUGACACUCGCCACUGGGUGCGAUUUUCUGCAGCCCUGGUACUGUGAGAAACCGACACAUCCUAUUGGUAUUGAUCCGGAAAACGUGGCAUUCAACCACUAUCCCGGUUAUACCGAUAUGAUAGCUCAUCAGGGGGACCUCAAUCCGCAAAGGGGUAACGGUAAAGAACAAGCCGAUAUCAGAUUGAUGACCGCGAUCUCGCCAGAGCUUCUUAUGGAAGAAACAGUCACCAAGCCACGAAAAAGAAGGCUUGCCAACCAGGCGACAGACAAAAACCCUAUUGGGUCGACUCUCGAGAGAUUUGCAUCGAGGGAUCGGUGGAAAUCUCGGAAGUUCUCGAGGCGAAAAACAGAGAGGAGAGCGACGCCUAGUCAUCUGAACCCGUCACUAACCGACGGAAACAAUGCAUUCCCAUCUUCUUCCUUCAUUGAAACCACUCGCAGUUCAUUGCUCGCCGGUACAAACCUUCCAUCUGCACGUUCUUCGCUCAUAUCCCAACAAGGAAGCUCGAGCGAGGGAACUGAGCCGGAAAUGGGAGGUGUUCUUCGUGACAAAAGUCUUCAAACAGAGAAGACGGAUGGAAAUGUCGGAUCUGCUUUUGCUUAUAUUUCAGAAGUCAUUUGUGUACCGAGGACGGGAUGUUUUAGGCAGGCGGGGGACACGAAAUGUCCAGCAGAAGUUGGGGUAUGUCCCUUGAGUAGUACGCGGGAUCGCGAUUUCCGACCAUCAGAGUUGGGGCUCGCAAUGUGGAUUGUCGAGCGUUCUUUCGACGUUAACCAGGGGGAGACCCUGACUUUCGAGCUGAAACUCUAUCACCUCAAAAGUAUCCAGGUCACCGGUGCCGGUCGUCCUCUGAGCCAGAUCAUGAAAAACAGCACAGAGAAGGAUCGAAGCAUAUGCUAUGUAGCUGGUGCUUAUGUUAGAGAUCGAGCAUGGUCUAUCUCCUACGUUUCCCAGGGUGUCGCCCACACUAUCUCUCGACAGCAAGCCACUGACUAUCAGCGCCACGAUACAGUAGCGCGCGCCACGAGCAAGUCACAUAUCGAGCUCAAGACACAAAACAUCUUCUCAAGCUUUCAACGCAGCAUGGAUAGGGAAAACAAACGUGUUUCACUCAGCGAAUAUCCGAGCUCAGACUACACACACCCUGCGGACCUCUCUGACUCUAUGAAAUAUGAUCUUACGGGACAUAAAAUCGCGUCGUCUGUUCAACAUGACCUGAUUGGCUCUGCUAACACUGUAUCAAGCGCCACCCACUGGCAUAUAUCUACGGAGGAGACGCAUCAACGGAAGCGUCGAAAGACCGUCGAGAUUAUGCCCAAGCCAAGGAAUGAAGAAACGGGGAGAUUUACGGUGACUUCGAUCGAUGUGCCGAAGUCGAUCAUGUCACGUGAACCUGAACGGACGGCGCUGACAUCGCAAAGUGUCUCCGAUUGGUCAUUGAAUAAUUCCUUGAACGCCUCGUUCAGCCAUACGUCGGACUUGACCGCCAGCAGUCAUCCAUCCGGGGAAUUUUCUGCCACGGUCACCUGCAACAGCGAUGUGAUUGCUUGCUGCAAACAUGUCGACAGACGUCCUCGACCAGAGUUGGUGCAAAGAGCAUGUCGUAUCUGGGAGGAAGCCAGUGGAGAUGCCCUUGGAUGGAACAUUUAUGUCGCCAACGGCUUCCACGAUCUGAUCGACAAGGGACAGCAGUUCAAGUCGUUCAUGCCUCUCGCCCAAGAUCGAUUGGUUUGCGGGCAGUUUCUCAGGGCUUUUCGUUCGUGCCUUCACUACUACACGCACAAUCAGUGUGAGACGGCGAUAGCGAGUGCAGAAUGCUUAGCCCCCUACAAGAUCUACAAACUCGAGGUAGGCCACGAAAUGGAGAUCUUGGAGAAUGCCUAUGCCAAAACUCGCCAUCUCGAUCGUUUCUUCGAGCAUGAUCCGCUUCGGAUUUGUCAAGGAAAGAUAGGAUCAUGCGUAAACUCGACGGUACCUGAAAUUACCGCGGAACAGUUAGCAAUGACCAAUUGGAUUUACGAGAGACUGACGGGUAGAGCGGAACUGGACUGGGAUAUCUACAGCCUGAAUCAAGAUUAUUGGCGCAAGUUGGCUUUCAUCAUAGCUGAUCGUGACCCAGGAUCCGACCCUAUAGUUUUCACACGAUCCCAGUUAGAAAUCUGCCAGAAGUAUUUCUCCGCAUUCCGGGUUUACAAUCUGGAAGUCCACGGACAAGGCAACUGUCCUGCAGUUAGGAGACGCAUCGACGUCCGUCAUGUGCAUCAUGACAGCGUCAAUGGAACUCGCCUGGACCAUUUCUAUUCGACCUUCGAUACGGUCAAGGCCCUGCUACGCGAUCUCAGCGUCGAUCAUAAUGGAGACGGGCCAAAUGUCGUCGCGUCUGAAUUUGCGAGACAGUUCGUGGAAAUACCGGACGGCCCAUCCGCCGGUAGUCCUGAAAAAUAUGCGUAA